AUGGCCGGACCUAUUGGAUAUCUAUUCCACCGAUCGUCGGGUAAACUCGUUCAUCCUAAAGGAGGUUCCUCUGAUCCAGGGAAUAACACCUCGUUAGUCCUGUAUGAUGACAGGAGCAAUGCCGGCCGGCUCCAAGUUAGGUUCGUACCAGCUGAAGGAUCUGGGCAUUUUGGCUAUAUUCAGCAUGUAUCGAGUGGUAAGAUUGUGCAUCCUCAAGAUGGUCGAUUAGAUUGUGGAGAAAACACCCACCUAGUCUAUCAUUCUGAUCGCCAUGGAGGCGCCCUCUUUGCAUUUGAUGAAGGAGGUGAACGCAUUGUGCAUAAAGGAGGAAAGAUCUGGCAUCCUGAAGGAGGAGCACCCAAUCCUGGCAACGACACACUGUGCGUUCUACACUCUGACGCGCACUAUGCUGCCAAAUUCUAUUUUGGCGAUUUGAAUGGCACAAAAAUGUCCCCAUAUCCAGAUCCAAGCCUCAGCGGGUCCUGGGAAUUGGUAAAGGCUUUCAUCAAACCGUUGGCAACGCACACCUACACACAAAAAUACAAAGUAGGAAGAACGCAGAGUACGUCGACUACAGCGGGGUAUUCUUGGAAAGUUUCGUCGGAGCUUGCCAUUAAAGUCUUCACGGCCAAGGCUGAAUACUUGGAGUUUGUCCAGAAGGUAAAUAGCAACACUUGGUCAGAGGAAUAUGAAGAAACUGCAAGUAUUAAUGUUCAAGCGGGAAAGACGGUUGUGGUGUGGCAGUAUGUGUUCGGAAUGCAGCAGUACGGCGAUAAGAUUUCCUUCCAAAGCAACAUAAUCGGCGAUAGUGAUAGCCUUGAUACAUAUCCAACUUUUCAGUCAAAUCGUAUUAGACUAUAA